UUGAAGUUGAACAAUGAUGACCUCGUUUGGAACAUCAAGAAGAACAUUCUCAAUACCAUCGCUCCUGACUUGAAGGAUAGUCUGAAUUAUGGUUUCUACCAGCCGUCGACAGCAUUCAAAGCGGCCAAGUAUCUGGACGAGGAUCGAUCUCUAAGAGAGUACAACCUCGAAGAAGGAACAACUUUGCAGCAGCUGAUUGUUAAGAAGAAGAUUUACAAAGCGUCAACUUUGAAUACAAAGAAAUUGAAAGAAUUGAAUGUUAAGAGUAACAAAAAGAAGUUCAUCCAGUACAUACAGGACGGCACGGUGGUGAAAGUGGCCCGCCUCAUCGAUAAGGGACUCGACCCGAACUUCAUCGACACUGAAACUGGAGAAUGUCCCCUAACAUUAAGCGCCCAACUGACAAACCCCCAACAAAUAAUGACGUCACUGGUAGAGGGCGGUGCCCACCUGGACUUUAGAAAUAGGGACGGGUGGACCGCCAUGCACCGGGCUGCACACCUCAACAACUUGCCUGCUCUUCAGGCCCUUCUAAACUUUGGAGCAUCUGCAAACUACCAGGAUGAGAACGGAUUGACCCCACUUUACAAUUCCAUCCUCACAAAUUCCAACCCUUCAUGUGCUGGUGCUCUGCUGAGAGAUUUUGCUUUGCUUGGAAUCGUCGACGGCCAGGGAAAUACUGAGUUGCAUCAGGCCUGCAAGUUAGGAAGAGUGCAGCACUUGGACCUCCUGAUAUCCUACGGGGCAGAUUUGAACUGCCAGAACAACACUGGCAACACACCUCUGCACCUGUGCGCUAUGCACAACCAAGUUAGUUGA